AUGGUAUCUUACUCACAAAGACGGGUUUAUUACCUACGAGAGCAAGCUCCUAGGAGAAAUCGGCGCCGACGGGAUAUUGAAAAUUUUGAUACAGAUGCCUCCAAAAUGGCUCUGUUUAUGUGUUUCGGAAUAAUUAUAUUCGCGCUACUGUCCAAACAUUCAUACGUUGAAAAGACUUCUAAUGAUUUUCCAGAUACACUCGUCGUACGAAAUUCUUGUCCAUCAACAUCGGAAAGGCACUUAUCACUAAAAAUCAUUAUUUCUCCUACGAUAUCACAUCUUUCAUGUAUUUACAAUUUCUUGACGCCUAUGGAUGAUGUUUUAGAUACUACUGACAGUAUCCUCAGUGUAAAUUCACCUAUUGAUCUUCAAUUUCCUUAUGAACUACUCCCGUAUAAUAACUCCACAAAUGUUUCAAUAAUAGAUUACACGAACCUAAACAUCCUACCUGAUCUUUCCAUUUGGAACGACAGAUCCAUCCUUAUUUUCGCAACACAUCGCCUCUAUUUCUCGUCAGAACCCACCUGUCCUGAAGUAUAUGUAUGUGCGAUUCCUAAUAAUGGACACAAUAGUACGACCUGUCACACUGACUUAGGUGAAGUUAGCGGGAGUUGCAAAGAUGAAAUCAGUGACCCUUAUUUCUUCAUGUUCCCACUUGCUACUGGUCUGAAAGUUUCAGUUCACAAUGUUGGUGAAUAUCCGGGUAUACAUAACAACAGCAUGCAUAUAAUUGUCACCUCUGGUUAUCGUUUACCACCGGGUGUUUUUUACCUGUCCAUCGGGCUUUUUUGCUUGUGA